AUGAACAUUCUUAUUCAUCUAUCUCACGGUGGAGUCAAAACAAACUUUCUGAUCUACUCAGUUCAUCGUCCGAUCGAUGCACUCUCCUCUUGGCGUGUCCGUCUCAUUACACAACAACUUCAUCGAUUCAACUCUUGCACAUUCUUGAUUGCUUCAGCUCAUCAUCGAUUCAGUCGCUAUUCAGAGCGAUUUUCCCUCACGGUUGUCGUCUUCGACGAACUCAACACAGUGUCUCCACCAUUUGCCUUGCAAUUUCCAUCGACUCUCAAACUUCAUCAUGUUUCUCUUCUCAUCUUCAUGCGACUAAAACCUCGCAUAUUCUUUUUUACGUCAAACUCAAAUGGUGGAAAAGCUUCAAUGAAACAUGAUUCCAUUGCAUCUUCAAGGUUCUUACGCAAGCUUCAGCAGAACAAGGUUACAAGAGAUCGAAGCCUUACCUACGGGAGAAUGUACGACAUGUCUUCGAUGAUAACGAACAAAGAUAGAAAACCAGAUAAUUCUUGCUCUAGAGUUUCAUGA